UCGAUUUUAGGAACCCUACUUCAGCUUUCACAAUUAUUUCCCAAUCAUCUUCUCGAUUCCGUAAAUUAAGUGCUGAAUUGGCAUUGAAAGGCAGGCGUAGCUUGUUAGAAGACUCGAAUUCGAAGGUCUUGUUUAUCAAAAACCCCAAUUGGUGGAUUAAAGCUGCGAGCUUGGCUCAUUUCACCGAAUUGCAGCUUUGAUUUCCGGAUUGGAGAUUGAAUUGCGGGUUGAUCUCCGCUCGAUGGUAGAUCAAGAAGACGUGGAGAUGAAGAUGGCGUUGAGACAUGACUCACAGCCGCACGAAUCGCCGGAGCCGAAGAGGAGCAAGCCCAGGGACAGUUCCGGUGGGGAGGAUUCCCAGCGGCGUAUGCAGCGGGAAUUGAGGGCGGCUGCUGCGGAGAAGCGGAUGGCGGCGGCCAGAGGUACUGCCUCAGCUGCGGGGAGUAGUGUAGUAGGGAGUGGGAAAGGUGGGGAAGUUGAACAGCAACGGUUAGUGGAGGGACAGAGUGUUGCUGCGGUGGCGACAGCAGUGGAGAAUGUAGAGAGUGUAGGGGAUGUGAAGGUUCAGGAGUUAGAGGGUGCUAGUAGUAGAGGUAAAGGUGUCAUCGCUAUGGAGGGAAUGCAGAGUACAAGUGGAAUUUCUGAUAUCUCGUUGUCGGUGUUGGAAGCUGACGAGCUUUUCUUCAUGAUAUUUGGCAAUGGAGUUUCGAAAGAUGUGCUUACGCAGUGGACCAAUCAGGGUAUCAGGUUCAGUGAUGAUCCGGAGACAUCUAUGGGGCUUGUACAGCAUGAGGGUGGGCCCUGUGGCGUGUUAGCGGCAAUACAAGCAUAUGUACUUAAGUAUCUCCUGUUUUCUCCAGAAGAUACUGUUAAUGCUUCACAGCAUAUGUCAAAUUUGUCUAUGAGAAGACUGCCCAUAAAUGAAUUUGUUGCUGCAGAUAUUUUCUCAUCACUUUCGGAAGAGAAAAAAUCCAGAGCCUUGGUAAGGAGUAUGUGCGAGAUUCUCUUUCUCUGCGGACGUGGUGAAAGAGCUGUAAUAGUGUCUCUGAACACUGCCGGCUCUGAUUCUAUCAAGUCUGCUAAUCGCUCGGAGGAUGAGGUCAUUGCCGAGGUAUUUGGAGGCCUUUCAGUUGAAUCUGGGGCUGACUUGCAUAAGGUUUUAACAGUGCAUACCUGCACUUCAUGGCCGACUGCAAUUGAGAGGCUGGAAGCCAUGCUUCCUGUAUUUCGAAGCCGUAUGGGAGCGUUGCUUUUUCUCAUAUCGGCUUUGUUGUCUCGAGGACUGGAUAAUGCGCAAGAGGACAGGGACGAUCCUACUCUACCAUUAGUCACUGCUCCUUUCGGGCAUGCAUCACAGGAAAUUGUGAACCUCUUGCUUUCCGGGAGUGCAGUUCCAAAUGUGUUUGAUGGGAAGAUAGAUUUGGGCGGCGGCAUGUUCGUGAAGGGCCUUUCGACGCCAGUAGAAGUUGGGUUCCUCACUCUCCUCGAGUCGCUCAACUAUUGCAAGGUCGGCCAGUAUCUGAAAUGUCCAAGGUGGCCUAUUUGGGUGGUCGGAAGCGAAUCUCACUACACAGUCCUGUUCGCUCUCGACACCAAAGUCCAAGACGAGAACGAGUUCGAAUACAGGGAAUCACAGAUCCGGAGAGCGUUCGAUACCCAAGAUCAGAGCGGGGGCGGUGGCUUCAUUGGAGUCGAAGGCUUCCAUCACGUCAUCAGGGAGACGAACAUCAACCUCCCAGCCGACAAGAUCGAGCAUCUCUGCAGCACGGGGUUCAUCGUGUGGAGUGAGUUUUGGCAGGCUCUCCUCGACUUAGACAAGAGCCUCGGAGGCAUGAAGGAUUCGAGCGGGCACAUGGGAAGGAAGGUCUUCGAUCUCUACCAUUUUAAUGGGAUCGCGAAAUCAGUUGUGAAUGGCAGCCAAGCAUUGGGAAACGAGAGCCCGAUCCAGAGACCUAGGAUAACGAAACUGAGGGUGUCAGUUCCCCCGAGAUGGACACCCGAGGAAUUCAUGGCCGGCCCAGAAACUAGAGAUUCCGGUAACUCGGGUGAAGUAUCUAAACCUGCACCGGGUCAGCACGCGCCCCUGGUCGAUUGCAUCAGAACGCGUUGGCCUCGUUCCGUCUGCAAUUGGGAAGGUGAUGCACCAAGCAUCGUUUGAUGGCAUCAUCCCAUUAAUGUUAUAGCUUACAACUGUUUAAGAUACAAACUACAUAUUUUUUCCCACAACUGUAUGUCCAGUGAGAAGAAGGAUUUGUUUGAGUUUUGGAAUUUAAUUUUUUUUUUCAAAGCAAAGAAACGAUAUACACA